CGAUAGGGUUUCUUCUCUGACUUUCCGCCGCUCUUGCAUCCUCGACCUCCCCCGCGACACCGAGAGGCACGGCAAGGAAGGGGAGCUUCGGAUUACGACAAGAUGGGAAAGACUCGUGGUAUGGGAGCUGGGCGCAAGCUCAAAACCCAUAGGAGGAGGCAAAGAUGGGCAGACAAAGCAUACAAGAAAAGUCAUCUCGGCAAUGAGUGGAAGAAGCCCUUUGCUGGUUCUUCGCAUGCCAAGGGUAUCGUUCUCGAGAAGAUAGGUAUCGAAGCCAAGCAGCCCAACUCUGCUAUCCGAAAGUGUGCUAGAGUGCAAUUGAUAAAGAACGGGAAGAAGAUCGCAGCCUUUGUUCCAAACGAUGGUUGCUUAAACUUCAUAGAAGAGAAUGAUGAAGUCUUGAUAGCUGGUUUCGGACGAAAGGGCCACGCGGUGGGGGAUAUUCCUGGAGUAAGGUUCAAGGUUGUGAAGGUUUCUGGUGUGUCCCUUUUGGCACUCUUCAAGGAAAAGAAGGAGAAGCCUCGGUCUUGAUCCCUGAUCGAGUGUGUUUCCAAAUGAACCUUUUGUUGGAAUCGAUAAGUAGCACUUGCAUUUUGUUUUGCAAGAUGUUUCAUUCAUGGUUAUCCACCUUUGAGCACCUUUUGUGUGUGUGACCUAUUAAGCUUAUUUUCCUAGUAUUGCUCCCACUAAUUCGAUCUCUGUUAAAAACA